GUACAUUCGUAAUUUAUCUUUAAUUGUUAAUACUUAAACAUGUAAAAACAGUCAGUUAAUAGUAGUUUUUUUGUUAAUUAGUUCUAGUGAUUAUUUUAUUCUGUGAAACUACUAAAAUGGCUUCAGUUCUUAAAAAACAGAUUUUAAAACAACUUGCGAGGUUUACUAAAGGUUUGAGAGAAGAAGACAUAAAUUUAAGUACAUUUAAAGGUGAAGGUGAAUUAACAUCUUUGGAACUUGAUGAAAAUGCUUUAAUGGAUGUACUGGAUGUACCAUAUUGGGUACGAAUAACCAGCGCUAAAUGUGAUAGAGUUUUCUUUCAGGUUCCAUUUAUGGCUAUCAAGAAAGUUCCUAUGUCUUUGACUUUAGAUAGAGUAUCAGUUGAAAUUGAGUCUUGUGAUAAUGUAGAAUCAAUGGCAUUGCGAGAAAAUGUACAAACUGCUGUACAGCCUGGAAAAUAUAAAUUCAUUAAUCAAGUAAUUGAUGGUAUGACAAUACAAAUUAAUGAAGUUAACAUUACUUUUAGAGAUCCUGCUUUUCACGCUUCUGUGCAGAUUUUAAAAAUAUUAGUUCAGUCCAAGUCUCCAAAUUGGGAGUCUACUAAUCUCAAGACAACUAGAGUAAAAAAUGAACAGAAAACACAAAUACUGAUAUUCAAAGAAUUGACUUGGCAGAUGAUACGAAUUGAAUUAUAUUCUACAAAUGAUCAUAAUAAACCUCCUAUUAAGUUGUUUACAAAUGAUAUAAUUUGUCGAUUAACUAUAAAAAAGAGACUUUCAGAUUGUUUUAUUUUGGGGUGUAAGUUAGCAAUUCUCAUUGAAGAAUUAUUGUGCGUUUUUACUGAUUCUCAAAUGAAAGCUGCACUUCAUUAUAUAGAUUCAUUAGCUGGCGUUGUUAAAAAAUCAACUGAUCUUUCGCGAAAAAAAAAAGCUAUUAGAAAGCUAGAAUGUUUACCUGAAUAUCAAGCUCAAUUAGAUCAGGAAAAAAGAGGAAAGUUUGUUUCAAGUUCAAAAAGUUCAUGUCUGUUUAGUUUUCAUGACGUAGUAGAAACAUCUUACCACUUUGUUGCACAGAAAAUUAAUCUUCAUCUUAGUGAUGAUCCUGGAAGUCGUUCACUGCACCCAGAUUUACUAAAAGGAGGAUCUAUACAAAUUGAAGUGACAGAUUUUCAAAUUGAUCUUUAUCCUUAUCAUUUGGCUGAUAGUGAUAGAUUACAUUGGGGUCUUUACAAAAAAGCUAGUUCAUCUUUUUUUCAAUGGCUAAAGGAUUCUCAAAGUCAAUUUUGGGAAAAUCUAUAUACAAUAGUUAGAGAAAAUUUUCAAGUACCUGAAACUGAAAGAGGAAAUAUUACUAAAUAUCUGAAAGCUCAAUAUUCAAAGUUAAUGACGAGUUGUACAGUUUUAAGAAUGUCUGAUUUUACUGUAUUUAGGGUACAAUCUGGGAAAAAACAAGAACAAAUUGCUUUUAUUAAAGGAGAUAAAGAACGUCAUAAAUUGCCUCAUGAUUCCAAAGUUAUACAUGCAGAAUUUACAUACUAUUACUAUCCUGGAGAUGCUGCAUUUCCACUACCUCCAUCAAAAUUUUAUGCACAGUUAAAUCCAGUCCAACUGAACUUUGAUGCUCUUACAGUGUUAUGGUUGAAUACAUUUGCAUUGAAUGUUUAUAAAUCACUGAUGACUACUAAUGUGGCAAAUCAAGAUAAUUUAGGCAGUAUGAUAUACUUUGAUAUUCUUAUUGAAGCAAUUAUGCCUCGCUUUGUAUUUGAAGAAGUCACACUAUGUAAUAAUCAAAAGGAUCGCCCUAAAUCAUUAAACUUACAAACGAGUCGAGCUACUUUGAGUAAUAUUCGUAGUAAUGAACACGGCAUGUCAAGAUUUGACUUGGCUAACUGCGUUAAUGGUUUGCAGUAUGCAUCUCUUUUUUAUUCUUCUGAAUAUCCAGCCAAAGAUGAAGAUUACCACCCUGUCACAGAAAAAUUAUUAAAUCAUGCUCAAGGUAAUGAUAAUGUACGACCAUACCCCAAUAAUAUUAUAGUUUCGACAUUAGAAGAAUUCAUGAAGGAGCUGAAUCAAGAACUGUUAUGGAUUGAAGCUAGAGAUAUUUGGUGUAUACGAUUGGAUCCUGUUUGGGGUGAUUUUUAUGGUGCCAGAGCUGCUGGAUCUGCACCAGUACCCUUUCUUGAAGCUUUUCCAUUAACCCUAUGGGUUCAAACGCCUACACUUACUCCAAAAUCUGAAGCAUUCAAUAGGAAUCUUAAAUAUGGUGAUAUGACGGUGUUAUGUCAUGUUCCAAAUUUAAUAAGCAUACAAAUCAAUCAUUUUCAAUAUCUUUUUCUUUUGCGUGUGGCUGAUGCAGUUGAUGAAUUGGCUACAUAUGUUGUUGCUGAUCAACAUAGCAUACUAGGAAAUAAGCAAAGUGGAUCAUUUGUAUUUGCUGGACUAUUUGCUCAAAUAGAAGUAACAUUUGUCACUAGUGCUCAGUUAGAUAUAUUAAGCAAAACUGGAGGUGUUGAUGAUGUGAGCUCAAGUGUUGUAGCAGAUUCGUCUAGCAUAGCAACUCAAAGUGGACAUAGUGUACAAUCAAGUAAUAUUGUACAAACAACAUAUGAGGAUGUUGGAUAUGUUUAUGAUAUGAGCCAAGCAUUCAGAAUACCGAUGGCUAUAUCAGCAGCCAGUUCUAAAAGAAAAGAAUAUAUAUCACAAAAAUCUGUAUCUGUUGUAUAUGACAAUGUCAAAGAAAUGUCUCAAAUUAAAAUGGCUGAAUCAGUUACUACUGAUAUUACCUUACCAUCUUUCAAAGGGAUGAAAAAACGUUGGUUUAAUUUUGGAGCAUCAGUUGAUCUUACUGGAAAACAAAAUAUGGAUGAUUUUAAUGAUAAUGUAUCAGUCAGGUCUGAUAUGAGUUCAGAUAGUGAAAGUUUAAUGGAUCUGAGUUUGGAUACAAAUGAUGGUGCUGAUGUAAUAUUUAAGUUUCCUUCAGCUCAUAGACCAAAAGGAGGAUUUACUAAAAAUAUUGAAAUUGCUUCUGAAGCAUUUGAUGAUAUUUUUGGUGGAGGAGAAUUAACACCACCAACUACUUCUAGCGAACGAGAUUCAAUUGGAAGUUCUAUUAAAAGAAAAGAUCUAGUUGCUAUCACUACACUGAAAUUUGGGCGGGUUGAAAUUUUACAUCAAUCACAAGGUCUAAAUUCUGUUGUUAAAUUACAAGUUACAAAUGUUAGUACUGAGGAAUGUCCAUAUAUUCCUUGGGAUGAAUUUCAGCAUAAGAAGGAUAAAUUUACUACCAGAACACGGGAUUGGAACGAACUUGAAGGUGUUGCAGGUUUUCCACAGAUACCAAGGAUAAUGGUUCGAUUGGAACACAACAUUAUGCCUAAACAAAAUGAAAAGCUAGUCCAUGUAGACGAAUGGAAAAAUGAUAAACUUACUGCAAAAAUUAAUAAUAUAUCUUUAUCAUUGAAUUCUAACUCAUUGACUAGUUUAGCUGACUUUUUUGUUGAUGAAAAACCAUCAAAAUCACUACCAUUUGAGGCAACUAUUGAAAACACAAUGAUAAAACUAUGUAAUCCAUCACAAAGUGAUAUCUUGCGAGAUAACACAUGUAUAAAGCCAACAGAUACUGAAAUUCAUCUUAGUAGAUUACAAGUUAAACGAACUAAUGAUGGUCUAGUUUUUGUGGAACCUAUAGCAGAAAACUGUGAUAGUAAACAGUUAGUAGAAAUGACAGAAGAAUUUAAAAAGGUUUCUAUUGAAAAUGAAUAUCUACACAGAAAAUUGGGUACUCUUGAACGAUUGAAAGAAGAAAAUUUGGAAUUACGAAGAUUUCAAGAAGAAAAUAAAACUCUGAAACUGUUGUUAAAUGAAGCCCAAGAUAAUAUAAGUAAAUUAUUAGGAGAAAAACAAAACCUGUUGGACCAGGUACGUGUUUUGAAGGAAUCUAAGUCUAAUAUGAUAGUAACUACAAAAAGAUAGCGCACGUGUUGGUGCUUUACUUGCACGAAUGAUAGGUCACCAGUAUGACUAUUAUAAAACAAGGUUUAUAAAUUGUUAAUUCGUGUUGUUGUUAAUUUUAUUAUUGUUGUAUAGAAUAAGUAUAAGUAUAGGCUUGAAAACAUGGAUGCAUUAUCUAAUUAUAUAUAUAUAUAUAUAUA